CCAGAACCGCAUCCAAGUCGUACUCGGAGACGCGUCUGCUUGCAGCAUCGCAUUCGCCGUGCUCGUGGCCUUGUCCCUUGCCCAGCCAUCCCAUUCCUGCAGCCGUGGGAACUAUAUAUUCUUGCAGUCCCUUGCCCAACCCAUCCCAUUCCAUCGCAAACAAAGCACUUCAAACUCAAGUGCUCCCAACUUCUCGUCCAGAAAGAAAGAGAAGAGAUCAGAGGACCAGCCAUGAUCAGCGCCAAGAGGAUCCCUCAGCUGGCCAAGAAGUGGCAGAGGAUGGCAGCGCUCGGGAGGAAGCGACUCACCUGGCCAAAGGAAGCCGACGAGCAGUGCUGCACCUCUGUGGCGAGCAGGGGCCACUGCGCGGUGUACACGGCCGACGGGGCGCGGUUCGAGGUGCCGCUCGCCUUCCUCGGCACCGCCGUCUUCGCGGAGCUCCUGCGGAUGUCGCGGGAGGAGUUCGGCUUCGCGGGCGGCGACGACGGCAGGAUCACGCUGCCGUGCGACGCCGCGGUCAUGGAGUACGCCAUGUGCUUGCUCGGGAGAGGCGCCUCUGCCGAGCUAGAGCAGGCGUUCCUGAGCACCAUGGCGAUGCCGUGCCACUACGCAAGCCGUGCGUCGCCGUGUGUGGCAGCUUGCUGUUAGUUGCAGGCAUGCAGGCAUGCAGCUGCACGAGUGAAUGUACAGUAGUAGUUCAUCAGCGUAGGUAGUAGGACAGAGAAGCGCUAUUCAGAGCCUUCUGAUCCUGCAAGUGGACAAGUGGUGAAGGACGAUGGCUAUUAGUGCAAUACACUUUGUACUCUUGUAUUUGUAGUACUCUGACACGAUUAGAAGGACGGAAAUUGAACA